UCACAUCCCGCCUUUCACUGUCCUCUAGUCCCCACGUGCAAUCCCUCCGCCACAAUGCCAGUGCUCACCGUGAACACUAACGUUCCCUGCCCCUCCAUGCCAGAGGGGCUUCUCUCCGAGCUCACCCAGCAGCUGGUGCAGGCCACCGGCAAGCUGGCACAGUACAUCACAGUGCACAUGGUCCUGGACCAGUUAAUUACUUUUAGUGGCUCUAGGGAGUCCUGCACCCUAUGCAGUCUGCACAGCAUCGGCAAGAUCCUGCUGGCCAAUCGCCUGCACAUCAGCCCUGACCGGUUCUACAUCAACUAUUACGACAUGAGCGCAGCCAACGUGGACUGGAACGGUUCCACCUUCGCCUGAGUGCUGGCCUAAUAACUUACCUGUACCGCUGUUCUUGGAGCCUUGCUGUACACAGCGUUCUGUUUUCGUCCACA